CUGUACCCCCCCCCCCCCUUCCACUCCACUCCCCACCCCUUCCCUCUACACUCGCAUCCCAGCCUGGCGACUAAAGGAUCGGGCAAGGGAAGGAAGGAGCAGGAGUAAGCGUGAAGGAGCAGGAUGGAGGGCAGCUUUGACACCGAGGAGAGUUUUGACGACCCGUCGUGUCUCGCCCCGCAGCCGCCUGGGUCCGUAUCGCCCGCCAGGAGGCGAGUCCACGAGGUGAAGGAGACCAAGACCACGAUCAAUGGUGUGACGUUCCCACUUCCAACAGAAGGACCCGAGCAGCAACUGCUCAAACCCAACGAAUGGAGCUACUGCGAUUACUUCUGGACAGACAAAAAGGACCCCCAGGGGGCCACGUCGGUCGGCGGCUUUGAGGUUCUGCUGCAGAAGCAACUGAAGGGCAAACAGAUGCAGAAGGAGAUGGCCGAGUUUACGCACGAGAGGAUCAAGAUUGAGGAGGAAUACGCCAAGAACUUGUCCAAACUUUCUCUCAGCACUCUCGCGGCGCAAGAAGAAGGCACCCUGGGAGAUGCUUGGAAUCAGCUAAAGAAAAGUCUGCAUGACGAGGCCGAAGUCCACCUCAAGUUCUCCAACAAGCUUCACUCCGAGGUUGAGAAACCUCUGCUGACAUUCCGAGCCGACAACUUCAAGAAGGACCUGAAGAAGUACGACCAUCACAUCGCAGACCUCAGGAAACAACUUUCCAGCCGAUAUGCUGGCGUCGAGAAGGCCCGAAAAGCUCUGGCCGAGCGUCAGAAGGAUCUGGAAGUCAAGACGCAGCAGCUGGAGAUCAAACUCAGCAACAAGACGGAAGAAGACAUCAAGAAGGCUCGCAGGAAAUCCACGCAAGCAGGAGACGACCUGAUGCGCUGUGUGGACCUUUACAACCAGGCCCAGUCCAAGUGGUUUGAAGAGAUGGUGACCACCAGCAUGGAGCUGGAGAAGCUGGAGGUGGAUCGCAUUGAGUGGAUCCAGCAACAUUUGCGUCAGUAUACGACGUUGAGGCACGAGACUGAUAUGUUCAACCAGGGCACGGUGGAGCCAGUGGACCAGCUCCUGCAGAAGGUGGACCCGGCCAAGGACCGAGAGCUUUGGGUCCAAGAUAACAAGACAGGCCACGUCAGGCCAGUGGACUUGGACAUCUGAAGCUAGGGAGAGCCAGAAUCAGAACCAGCAUGUUCCUAAUACAUGUGAACCCUGCUCGCUUCUUCUUCUUCUGCUGUAGUUACGUCACUCGUUUUCUUCUACGUUUUGAUGUCUCGUUUGAAAAGAAAAAAAAGUCUUGAUGAUUCUCUUUUAUUUUUGGAUAUCAAGAGGAACUUGCUGUGGAAUAUUUUCAUAUUUUUAAAGAUGGCUGCUGGACAUGCAUGCUUCUUCUACGGCGUAGGUGUCAAACUCAAGUCCUGGAGGGCUGC